AUGGACCAUCACUCCGCCGAAAGCGACCAGUCCCAUGAUUUGAGCGACAAACUCGAGCAUGAUCCCAAGUUAAAGGAUUAUGACCUCGAGGGGGGACGUCGUUUGUCGCACGCCCGGGUAGCGGUCGACUCGUCCUCCACCUCUGAAAGUGUCGGUCGCCAAAUUGAGAUGGAAGCUGAGAAUGGCAUCAAGUAUCGCACAUGCAGCUGGCAAAAGACUGCCGCGCUACUCUUUUCGGAGUACAUCUGUCUGGCUAUGAUGUCCUUUCCCUGGUCGUACUCUGUCCUCGGUCUAGUGCCGGGUUUGAUUUUGACCAUUUUCAUCGCCGGUGUCGUCCUGUACACUUCGUUGACAAUUUGGAAAUUUUGUCUCCGACACCCGGAAAUUCGUGAUGUUUGUGAUAUCGGCCAAUAUCUAUUCUGGGAUUCCAAGUGGGCUUGGUGGUUCACUGCCGUCAUGUUCCUUCUGAACAACACUUUCAUCCAAGGCUUGCAUUGCGUGGUGGGGUCUGAAUACCUGAACACCAUCUCCAACCACGGAGCUUGUACGGUCGUCUUCGGUAUCAUUGUGGCGAUCAUCUCUUUCUUCGUCUCAUUACCACGUACUUUCGGUACCCUGGCUCACCUGGCAACUGUCUCUGCCUUCUUCACUUUCGUCUCCGUUCUUCUGGCCAUGAUCUUCAUUGGUAUUGAAGGCCACCCGGUGAAUUAUCCCGAGUACGGCGAACCCCAAGUUCUUGCUAUCCCGCCUAAGGGAACAAGCUUCGUCACUGGAAUGAGCGCUUUCUUGAACAUCAGCUAUACCUUCAUUGGCCAAAUCACCUUGCCCAGCUUCAUUGCUGAAAUGAAAGAGCCUCGCGAUUUCUGGAAGUCCGUCACUGCUGUGACCAUCGCCGAGAUUAUCUUGUUCAGCUUGGUCGGGUCCAUUAUGUAUGCCUACACCGGUUCACAGUCCGAAUACAUGAAAACACCGGCCUUCGGCUCCAUCUCCAAUGAGCUUUACAAGAAGAUUUCCUUCUCGUUCAUGAUCCCUACUCUCAUCUUCCUUGGUGUUCUUUACGCCUCCGUCUCGGCACGAUUUAUCUUCUUCAACAUCUUUGAGGGCACUCGUCACAAGACCCAAAACACCGUGGUGGGCUGGGCUUCUUGGGCCGGAAUCUUAGCCGUCCUAUGGGUUUGCGCUUGGAUUAUCUCCGAAGUCAUUCCAUUUUUCUCAGACCUGGAGUCUAUCAUGAGUUCCCUCUUUGAUUCCUUCUUCGGUUUCAUUUUCUGGGGUGUUGCAUAUAUCCGUAUGCGUAUAGCUGACGACGGCUACUCGUUCUACAAGGUUCGAGGCAUCCGUGGAUGGAUCGGUGCCAUCUUCAACGUCUUUUUGAUUCUCGUAGGAUUCUACUUCCUCGGCGCUGGUACUUAUGCCUCUGUCAUGUCUGUGGUUAUCAGCUACAGAGAGGGCUCAGUCGGCGGUGUAUUCACCUGUGCUUCCAACGGACUGUAA